AUCUAAAUCAAAAUUAGAUUGAACGGUUGGUUGGAAAAUUAGAUAGAAACUAAUCGUUGUCCUUUGAGGAAGAAAUCGUAUUGAAUCGAAUAAUCUUGAAGAGCAAAAAAGGCGACGCCUUUAGGCAAUUCAGGUCAUUUUUAUGCAUAUUCUAGGUUGAAGAUAUGAAUCAGAAAGGUUUAAUUUAUAGCUUCGUUGCAAAGGGAACUGUGGUUCUAGCUGAGCAUACUUCAUAUUCUGGAAACUUCAGUACUAUAGCAGUUCAGUGUUUGCAGAAACUGCCUUCAAAUAGUAACAAAUAUACAUAUUCAUGUGAUGGGCAUACCUUCAAUUUUCUCAUUGACAAUGGAUUUGUAUUUCUUGUUGUGGCGGAUGAAUCUGUGGGUAGGAGUGUGCCAUAUGUGUUCCUUGAGAGAUUGAAGGAUGAUUUUAUGCAGAGAUAUGCUGACAGUAUUAAGGAUGAUGGUUUGCAUCCUUUGGAAGAUGAGGACGAUGAUGAAGAUGAUGAUUUGUUUGGAGAUCGGUUCAGUAUAGCUUACAAUCUUGAUAGAGAAUUUGGGCCUAGGAUUAAAGAACAUAUGCAAUAUUGUAUGAACCAUCCAGAUGAAAUGAGUAAGUUGUCAAAACUGAAGGCUCAAAUCACAGAGGUAAAGGGGGUAAUGAUGGAUAACAUUGAGAAGGUAUUGGAUCGUGGAGAGAAGAUUGAACUGCUGGUUGAUAAAACAGAGAACCUGCAAUUUCAGGCGGAUAGCUUCCAAAGGCAAGGAAGGCAAUUAAGGAGAAAGAUGUGGCUUCAAAACAUUCAAAUGAAGAUGAUGAUAUUUGGUGUAUUUAUUGCCUUAAUAUUGAUCAUUUGGCUCAUUUGGUGUGGAGGCUUCAAAUGUUGAUUAGUACCAAGGUAAUAAUAAUAUGUGGAUUUAGAACAAAACUAUUCAUUGUUAUUUUUGUGUAUAUGCUACUUCUUCUUCUUAUGUCAUGAUAUAAAACCCCCUAUAUUCAAAGAUAUCUAUUUUAACUUUGUAUUCAAUUCAAUUUGUUGUUUUUUC